GCCAGAGAGAUACAACCUGACCAGUAGUCCUGCAGUCAUCACCAUGAAGAUCUGGAUUGUAUCUGUGCUGCUGUGUGCUGCCUUUGUUCUGCAGACCACAGUAGAAAGUCUAAAGGCUGAUAAUGAAGAGGAAGAUCACUCUCUGGGAGGGGAAGCUGGUGAACUGAGUGUGGAGGAGCUGGUUGCUGCAGCUGAUGAUGAGAGCGAAGAGAGUGGACCAGUGAACUUUAUUGCAGAUCGGGCAGUGUUCUGUCCACCUGGCUGGUUUAGACAUGGAGCACGCUGUUUUCUGUUUGUGAGGACAACAAUGACAUGGCUUAGUGCUGAGAGCCACUGUGUGAAUAACCAGGCUAGUCUGGCUUCUGUGAGGAAUCCUGAUGAACAUAACUUCCUCCAGAGUUUGCUUACAAUCUCUGGUAUAUCAUCCGCUUGGAUUGGUGCUUACAACUUUCAGAACACAUGGCUGUGGAUUGACAGGGCAGGAUUCUUCUACACUAACUGGCAGUCACUGAGCAGCGUGUCCAGCUACCCCUGUGCCUUCAUGAGAUCCACCGCUGGCUGGGCAAACACAAAUUGUGCAAGUGGCUGUGCGUUUUUCUGUUCUAUGACCCCUGCGACCUGCUGAAGAUCAGAUAUGUACAUUUCCAUCAAAAUGAAGGAAUAUCAUUUGACCCAUAACUGUAAAUAGAU